UCAUGUAGUUGGCUGUGAGAUCGUAUACUGUACCUCCAGCUGCCUCUUACGAUCUAAAUAUUAAUAUAUUUAAUGUUCUGUUGUUCAUGUUUUUGUAGUGUUUUCUGCUUUGAAACGUUGGGAUUAAAACCGAUGCUACAAUGGGGGACCAGUGCAGCGACUUCUUCGAAGUUUACCAGACCUUCUCCGACCAGCUGGAUUUGAGAAAUCUGCUUCAGUCUCAGAAUCUGAGCUGCGAUGACUCGGAUUACGAUGUCUCACGGUCCGAGAAGCAGGAUUUCACGGCGGACCAGACCUUCAGAGCGGCCAGGACGGUAGUCGGGGUAGCGUUAGUUUGCAUCAUGCUCAUCUGCGGUGUCGGUAAUUUCAUCUUCAUCGCCACGCUCGCUCGCUGUAAGAAGUUCCGAAACCUGACCAAUCUGCUGAUCUCCAACCUGGCUAUCUCGGAUUUCGUGGUUGCCAUCGUGUGCUGCCCCUUUGAGAUGGAUUACUACGUGGUGAAGCAGCUGUCGUGGGAGCACGGCCACAUUCUCUGUGCCUCCGUGAAUUACCUCCGGACCGUUUCUCUGUAUGUGUCCACAUACGCACUCCUGGCCAUUGCAAUAGAUCGAUAUCUGGCCAUCGUGCACCCGCUGAAACCUCGAAUGAAUUACCAGACUGCCUACGUGCUGAUCGGUGUGGUGUGGCUCGGCUCUCUGCUCAUGGCCAUCCCAUCCGCCUACUUCACGGCCGAGACCACCAUUCCAUACACCCGCACUCAGGACAAGGUGUUCUGCGGCCAAAUCUGGCCCACGGACCAGCAAAUAUCCUACAAGUCCUACUUCCUGUUCAUCUUUAUCCUGCAGUUCGUGGGACCCUCGGUGACCAUGGGUCUCUGCUACGCUCAGAUCUCCAAAGAGCUCUGGUUUAAGCGUGUGCCGGGUUUCCAGACUGAACAAAUUAGGAAAAGACUGAGGUGCCGGAGGAAGACGGUGCUGAUGCUCGUAGGCAUUCUAACUGUUUUUAUAUUAUGUUGGGCGCCUUAUUAUGGAUUUACAAUAGUUCGAGAUUUCUACCCGGCCCUUGUUCUGAAAGAGAAACACUACAUUACGGUAUUUUAUAUGGUCGAGUGCAUUGCCAUGUGCAACAGUAUGAUUAAUACGGUGUUUUUUGUGACAGUUAAAAACAACACUGUGAAAUACUUCAAGAAGGUGUUGUUGCUGAGAUGGAAAUCUACCCAGGGCGGGAGUAGCAAAUCGACGCAGGAACUUGACGUGAGGACAACCGGUGUGCCACUAUCGGAAGAGGUUGACAAAAUGCAGCUGAAAUAGGUUCCCAAAGAUAAAGGGGCCUACUGACUUAACACUGGUGCGUGCUGAGAGACUGGGCUCUGGGUCACCGACCACAGGCGGUGGAGCUGUGUUUUGUGUGAUAGUCGGGGUGUGUGUAAGGUGUCACUAAUCAGUGGUGCCUGUUGUAUUGUAAACGUGGGGGACUAUUUCAUUUAUUUGUUUUGUCAAACUCAGAAAGUCACGCCUAUCCCAGGGUUAGAUUUACGCUAUUUCCAGAACUGUUCUUCAGAUUAUCAACAAAUACUCUGAUACGGUAACAAACAUUGUACGAAAUUAAAAGUUUAUAAAACUUAAACAAGGAGUCAAAAAAGAAUAAAAUGAAUUACAGCGAAACAGAUCUGAAUCAGUGUUGUAUUU